UCCCCCUCAAGUUUUUAGUAUUUAUUAAUUGGCAUGCCCAAAGGCAAGCUACUACUUUAUACCCUCAUUCACGUCUUGUUGUAGACUUGUAGCUUUUACUCUUGUUCCUGUUCUUCUUGGCAGUGGUGGUUGUAUUACACCUGUGGGCUGGUAGGUGGGUCUAGUAAUUUUUAUUUUCUGGCUUUCUCUCUCCUUCCCCUUCCCUCUUCACACUUUCACUUUAUCCCCACUCUUUCUGGCGGAUAACUCGGAAGAUUUUGAUGGAAGGGUCUGAUUUUCGUUGGUGGGAUGAACUAAUACCCGAUGCACUCGGGCUCAUCUUCAGCAAUCUCUCUCUCCAGGAGGUACUAACAGUGGUCCCCAGAGUAUGCAAAUCCUGGGGCAAAGCAGUGACAGGGCCUUAUUGCUGGCAAGAGAUUGACAUUGAGGAAUGGAGCAAUCGAUCUGAGCGCGAUAAUAUUCAUCGAAUGCUUCGAAUGCUUAUCACUAGAAGCUCCCAAUCUCUCCGCAAGCUUUGUGUUUCUGGCCUCCAAGAUGACCUCAUUUUCUCUUUCAUUGCUGAGAAUGCUCACUCUCUGCAAACAUUGAAACUGCCGAGAAGCACCAUUAGCAAUUCUAUAGUGGAGCAGGUUGCUGGGAAGCUUUCUGCAAUCACAUUCUUGGAUGUGAGCUAUUGUGGUAAAAUUGGCGCUGGAGCUUUAGAAGCCAUUGGAAAGCACUGCAAAUCUCUUGCAGGGUUGCGCCGGAACAUGCAUCCAUUAGAUUUGGAAGGCAAGCUUUCACAGAAUGACGAGGGUCAUGCCAUUGCAACCACCAUGCCCAAGCUCAAGCACCUUGAGAUGGCUUACCUUCUUAUCGAUACCACAAGUGCUCUAGAGAUUAUCUACAACUGUCCUGAGCUCGAAUUUUUGGAUUUGAGAGGAUGUUGGGAUGUGAAGCUUGAUGACAAAUUGCUCAAGGAGAAGCUCCACAAGUUGAAGGUUUUAGGGCCUCAUGUUGUGGACCAUUACGAGAGACACGAAUGGGAAGAUUGCUCAGAUUAUUCGGACUCUUUAUUUGACUAUGAGAGUUUGGAUGGAAUGUGGGAUGAUGAUGAGAGGCUGGGGGGUCUGGAGCUGAGGUUUUAUGGAGGAUUUGAUGAAGAUUCUAGCUAUGGUUGGCCUCCAUCUCCUUGAAACCUUGUAAGAUUGUGUUUUUAUAAUCGUCAGAACUUACCUGUUGCUUGCACUUAUAGAACUUGUAUGUGCUCUAUGAAUAUGUGUUCUAAUGAGAAGGAAGUUGUGUUUUUCUUACCAUCCAUUCUUCUGUUUAUGAGCAGUCUCUUAGCUCUUGCAAUUUGAGGGUCAAUUAUUAUUUUCAGCUCACGGAGGAGGAAUACAUUAUUGAAUUUAGGUCUGGGGGCAAACUACUUGUUGAUAUUUCUAUAUAGAUAUGGCUUACAUGAGUGAAUGCACAGUUAUAUAUAGAUAUGGUUGAUCUGCUGAGAAGCAAGACCAAGUAAAGCAAGGUUUUUGGAGGAUGACGUAGUUCGAACCAACGAUGUUAAAAUCCAAUGGCGAAUGCAGUGAUAAUGAGGCCAACAGUUAACCACAGUAAAAGCCAGG